GCAAAGGCAAAAACAAAUAUAACAGAAUAACUGCAAAAAAAAAAGCCGUUUUAUGUGAUAAAUCUAAAAUAUGUGGUACUUUUAUUCAAGUAAACUUCAUAUAUAAAUAAACCUGCCAUCGGGCUGAAAUAGUGAAUGAGUCCAUAUACACAUACACACCAUACGUAUGUAUUUAUUUACAUAUACAUUUAGAAAAAUGUGUGUGUGUCGCGUGUGAAUUUUUAGUUUACAAAAUUUCAAAAUAAAACUCAAGAACUAUUUUGUUCAUGAUAAUUUUAACACAUAUUGGAAAUAGAAGUCAAUUUUGAACCUCCGAAAAUUGCAAGUACAACUAGCGACAAAGUGGGAAUAAGUCGUAUAUAAUUUUACAUGCGCUCAUACAUACACACAAAUGUUCAUGUGUGUAUAUUCGUUUUCAUAUAUGUAAGACUUCAAUGCACGCACUUGCAUAAUAUGCAAAUAUUAUUGAAAGACGAUCGAGAUGCAUUCAUUGAAAUCGUUGCGUCGAAAGCAGACUAACAAAAUUUCAUAACUUGGAUACGUUUGCACAUUCCUGACGAGGCGAAUCAAUUUGAAGGAUACAAAACAAAGUGCAUUUCAUAAAUAAGAAAUGCAAUCAAAGCACCGCAGCUUCCGACUAAUCGAAAUCAAAAACAAUUGUCAUGAUACUGAUUUUUCCAAAAAUCAACUCGCUUGCACACAAUUUCCAGUGCAGAUAAAACAGUCUCAGAUGCCGAUGCAGUGCAAUAUUCGUGAGUCUCGACAGCUCAGUAAAUUGUCAAUUUUUCAGUUGAUAUGGAUAAUAUGCAUUGCAAAUCAUUUAAAUAUUGCCAACGCUGAUCAAGUUGUUUUGUUGGACACAACAAGGGAGGCUACUCUGGAAUGGACAAGAUACCCAUACGGUCCGCAGGCCCAAACUCCAGGCUGGGUAGAGGAAUCAUUUACAGAUUUUGUAAAAGGCAUUAACUGGCGGAGUUAUGUGGUGUGUGACGUUGCCUAUCACAAUGUUAACAACUGGCUUUGGUCACCAUUUAUUGACCGUGGCCCUGCCAACCGGCUGUAUAUAGAAAUACAAUUUACGAUUCGAGACUGUUCGCUGUUUCCAGGAAAUGCCUUGUCCUGCAAGGAAACGUUCAGUUUGUUAUUCUACGAAUUUGAUGCUGCAACGCGAGAGCCACCGCCAUGGCAAACGGACAGUUACAAGCUAAUCGCUAGAAUUGCGGCUGGUGAGGGACGCUUCAAUCAAAAUUCCGAUGUGGAUAUAAAUACCGAAGUAAAGAGUAUCGCGGUUAGCAAAAAGGGUGUCUACUUUGCGUUCCGCGAUCAAGGCGCUUGCAUAAGUGUGCUCGCGGUUAAAGUUUACUAUAUAACGUGUCCUGCUGUUACCGAGAACUUUGCCCAUUUUAACGAGACGCCCACCGGCCGGGAGAUAACUAUUAUUGAGAAACAAAAUGGCACAUGUGUUGAGAACGCCGAGUCCUAUGAGCCACCAACCUACCUAUGCAAAGGGGAUGGAAAAUGGACUAUUCUUACUGGCGGUUGCCGUUGCAAGGCCGGCUAUGAGCCAAACGAUGUUAAUAACACUUGUACAGAGUGUUCGGCUGGCACAUUCAGAUCGGCAGAAGUACGUAAAUGCGUUGCAUGCCCGCCCAAUUCAAAUAGUUCGAAAACCGGAUCACCAAUGUGCAAGUGCAUGCCGGGGUACUAUAGGCAUCCGGCAGACGGAAGACAUAUGCCAUGUUAUAGGCCGCCUGGAGCACCCAUGAAUCUCACACUUUUAUUUGUUGACCAAACAAGCGCAAUAAUAUCAUGGACAGCGCCCGCAAAAGAAGAUUUGCUGCUAACAAAUGGUGUAGAAAACUAUCGCACUGAUGUCGUUUAUAAAAUUCGUUGCAGUAUGUGCAACGCAAAUGUUAUGUUUAAUCCAUCAACUGACACGUUCAAUGAGACGAAAAUAACGCUCACUAAUCUUGAUCCAGUGACCACUUAUACAGUACAAAUUCAUGCAACAAAUGGUGUCUCGCAUCUAGUAGAGAGCGGGACUUAUGCGAACGAAACGUAUUUAAAUAGCGAAAUGCCGUUUAGCAAUAAUUCUAGUUUCUCAAACAGCAACAGCUAUCAACUAGAUCUUAGCGAAAUCAAAACAAAUCAUGCCGAAAUUGUGUUUACCACAGAGUCAGUUAUGCUAUCAACUGUGUUCAAUUUAAGAGUCGUAGCUAUAACUAACAAAGACGCCGACCUAAUUUGGGAUAAGCCUGGUCAAACUGAUACUCCCGUUGAACUGUAUGAGGUGCGCUGGUUUCCCAAGUCCGAAUUGGAAGCUAUCAAUAAAACAACAUUAAACACAAAGGAAACUAAAGCUCACAUCAAUAAUCUAAUGGAAAAUACGGAAUACGGCUUUCAAGUGCGCUGCAAAACAAUCAACGGAUUUGGUUCUUACAGCAAUAUGGUCUAUGCCCAGACUCAUCAAUCUGUCGGUUCAGUUUAUGAGGAUUCAAUGCAAAUACGAUUCAUUGCUGGAGCCAUUGUGACGGGCGUAUUCUUCCUUGUGAUCUUUAUCGUUGCAACUGUAUACUUCAUGAGAUCGAAACAUCAAGACGAGCUCGAUAAAAAGUCCACUAAUCAUCUACCAUUGCCAAUGGAUUACGCUAGUAAUGAAGUAAAUGCCAUGGAUACAACUCCAAUUGUCAAGACUCUACAUUCGAAUGUGACAACUCCAUUAUUUGGGAGCAGCCGCAGCUACGUGGAUCCUCAUACCUAUGAGGAUCCCAACCAGGCAAUAAGGGAAUUUGCUCGUGAAAUUGAUGCUAAUUAUAUUACCAUCGAGGCAAUAAUUGGUGGUGGAGAAUUCGGUGAUGUGUGUCGCGGUCGACUGAAAAUUCCGCCAAACUUUGUCCAGGACAUUGACGUAGCUAUCAAGACUUUGAAACCAGGGUCUUCAGAGAAAGCUCGAUGUGAUUUCCUAACGGAGGCUUCGAUAAUGGGACAAUUCGAUCAUCCCAACGUUAUUUACCUUCAAGGUGUGGUUACGCGCUCCAAUCCAGUCAUGAUUAUAACCGAAUAUAUGGAAAACGGCAGCCUGGAUACAUUUUUGCGCGUCAACGAUGGAAAAUUUCAAACGCUACAGCUUAUUGUGAUGCUGCGUGGCAUUGCCAGCGGAAUGUCAUAUCUGAGUGAUAUGAACUAUGUUCAUCGCGAUUUGGCAGCUCGAAAUGUGCUCGUAAAUGCCCAAUUGAUUUGCAAAAUUGCCGAUUUUGGUUUGUCGCGCGAAAUCGAAAAUGCCAGCGACGCCUACACGACUCGGGGGGGCAAAAUUCCAGUUCGCUGGACAGCGCCGGAAGCAAUAGCUUUUCGUAAAUUCACUUCAGCAUCCGACGUUUGGUCUUAUGGUGUCGUUUUAUGGGAGGUUAUGUCAUAUGGAGAGCGUCCUUAUUGGAACUGGUCAAAUCAGGAUGUUAUAAAGAGUAUUGAGAAGGGCUAUCGGCUGCCGGCCCCGAUGGAUUGCCCGGAGGCCCUGUAUCAGCUAAUGUUGGAUUGCUGGCAGAAGCAGAGGACGCAUCGGCCAUCGUUUGCCAGUAUUGUCUCGACACUGGAUAAUUUGGCCAGGCAGCCGCAAUCGCUGUUAACGACCCGAAAUUCACCAGAAAAUGAUAGUACACAUAUUUUGGACACACAACGAGGUCAUAACAUUUUUAUUAGUACUGAUCUUUGGCUAGAAAAUAUUAAAAUGUCAAGAUACAGUCAACACUUUAGAGAGGCUAAUUUAGUGAGUGCUCAACAGAUCUCAAGAUUAACAGCGCAACUGCUAUCGGAUAUGGGUAUAACUUUAGUUGGACAUCAAAAGAAGAUUUUACACCAAGCGCGGCAGCUGGAUACAAUAAUAUAAGCAGUAUAUAUUUUUUAAGAUAUAUCUAUAAGAUAAUGUAUAAAUUACGUUUGUGCUAUAUGUUGCGAAAUCCGCGAAAUCAAGUCGAAAUCAAAGUCGAAUCGACUUGUUUGAAAACGAAAUAAAGUAGCUUAUGUAUUACGAUAAA